AUGGAAUCACAGAAGAAUUCAUCACAAAACGAUAUAUCAUCAAACGAUGCACCACAGAACAAUGAAUUACAGAAUGAUGAUUCACAGAACAAUGCCUCAAAGAACGCUGCAUCACAGAAUGAUGAUUCACAGAACAUUGAAUCACAGAACAAUGGAUCACAGAACGAUACAUCACAAAACAAUGAAUCACAGAACAACGCAUCACAGAACAAUGCAUCCCAGAUCAAUGGUUCACAGAACUAUGCAUCACAAGACGAUAAUUCACAGAACUAUGUAUCACAGAACAAUAACGAUGCAUUACAGAAAGAUGCAUCACAGAACUAUGUAUCACAGAGCAACGACUCACAGAAUGAUGUAUCACAGACCAGUGCAUUACAAAACGAUGCAUUACAGAACAAUGUAUCACAGAACGAUGAUUCAAAGAACUAUGCAUCGCAGAACAAUGCAUCACAGAACAAUGCAUCACAGAACGAUGAUUCACAGAGCUAUGCAUCACAGAGCAAUGAUUCACAGAAUGAUAAUAAUGCAUCACAGGACGAUGAUUCACACCGCUAUGCAUCACAGAGCAAUUAUUCACAGAACGAUGCAUCACAGAACUAUGCGGCACAGAACAAUGAAUCACAGAACCGUGCAUCGCAGAAGUAUGAAUCUCUAAAUGAUGCGUCACAGAACCAUGCGUACAACGCUAUAUCACAGAACAAUGCAUCACAAAACAAUGCAUCACAGAGCAAUGUAUCACAGAACGAUGUAUCACAAAAAGAUGCAUCACAGAAUGAUACAUCACAGAACAAUGUAUCACAGGACAAUGUAUCACAUAACGAUACAUCACAGAAUGACGCAUCACAGAACAAUGUAUCACAGAACGAUGUAUCACAGAGCAAUGUAUAUCAGAACGAUGCAUCACACAACAGUAUGUCACAGAACGAUGUAUCACAGAACAUUGAAUCACAGAGCAAUGCAUCACAGAACGAUGAUUCACAGAACGAUGCAUCACAGAACAAUGUAUCACAGAACUAUGCAUAGCAAAACAAGGUAUCUCAGAACAAUGUAUCACAGAACUAUGUAUCACAGAACAAUGAAUCACAGAACGAUGCAUCACAGAACAAUGUAUAA